AAGAGGUGCUGCUGGCCCCCCUGGACUGACAGGAAGUAAAGGAGCCGUUGGACCUCAGGGACCCCCUGGAAAUUUUGUGGAAAAAGACCUGUAUCAAAUGCAGUGUAAGAAAGGAGCAAAGAGCUGCCAGGAGCUGUUAGCCAGAGGGAACCACAUGAGCGGCUGGUACACCAUCUACCCCCACGACUGUCACGCCAUGACCGUGCUGUGUGACAUGGACACGGAUGAUGGAGGAUGGAUUGUGUUCCAGAGACGGGCGGACGGCUCCGUGGAUUUUUACCGGGACUGGAAGUCGUACAAGACGGGAUUCGGCAGCCAGCUGUCAGAAUUCUGGCUGGGGAACGACAACAUCCACCUGCUGACGUCCCAAGGAGCCCACGAGCUGCGUGUUGAUCUCAGAGAUUUUGAUGACAGCUAUCAAUAUGCCAAGUUUGCAUCAUUCAAAAUUGCAGGAGAGCCAGAGAAAUACAAGCUGACUCUUGGAUCCUUUCUAGAAGGCACAGCAGGUAGGUUCCAGGAGGGUCCUUCAUGCCGGGUGGCAGAUGGAAACGUGGAAAGCCAAAGGGACGCAGGAUACUCGGUUGCAGAAGCAAAUGGCAAUGUGCCGGGUGGAAGUGAUGUCUCUCAGGAAACACCAGUUAUUCUGCUGCUGAGCUAGCGUAGGAGACACACCGGAUCUAGGGACAACAACAUGUAUCGCAUAAUAUCAGCCCCCGGCCUAGUGAAAGCAGCUGUGCAGAGGUGGGCACAG